GCACGUCGCUGUUUGCUUGAUACGCUCUCUCGCUGUUACGUUACAUUCGUAUCAAAUUCUUACACGUUGUGUUUAUGAUAUAAAUCGGAUUUAUUCAGUUAAGCACCAGUAUAUGAGCAGAAUAAAACAGAUGUUAUCAUAUAUAUCAGUUACAAUAUUAACAUGACGGAAAAAGUAUCAGAAGAUGAAUCGAAACUCUCUCAAUUAAUAGACGGUAUAGUCACAUCAGUUCAGACAGAAACUAAAUGUCAGAGAGCAAACCAGAUUCGUAAUGCAGUUGAAGUCCAUUUAAAGGCUUGGCUAGAUGAGGCAGAAAAACUUAACCCAUUAUUUAAGGUAUCGGAGUUGAUUCAGGUUGGAAGUUAUGCGGAGGGGACUAAAAUAGUACAACCUGAUGAGUUUGAUUUUUUAGCCGUAAUUGAAGACUUAUCAAAACCAAAUUCGGUAUCAAUAGAUAAAAGUGAAAGUGACUUACAACAAAACUUAGUGAGGGUUGCAGUUGCAGACGACAGGUUAAAGUCUAGAUGGAACGCGCUUUGUAAAAACGGACACCUCCAAUGUUUUCAGCGCGUAAAUUUUCCUGAGUUAUGCGAAUAUAGGUUUGGACAUGUUUUCAUUUCCGCAGUACGGAAGAAGAAAGAUUACGGAAAAAGGUUAGGACAUUUCAUGGCCGGAACGCCGAUUGACCUAGUUUGUAAACUUCAGUUACCAACAGUUGACAAUAUUACAUUAAUUUUAACAUCAGUGGUUUACUGGGUUCCCAAUGUUCUCCUACAUUUUAAACUAGGAGAUAGAGAUAUAUCCGUGGAUUUGUCCCCAGCAAUACGAUAUCAUGCAGUUGAGGAUUGUUUCACGGUAGAGGAUUGUGCAGGUCAAGCUUUUUCAGAACUUGUUCUAAGUCGCAAGUCCCUGCUGCUUAUCGGAACAAAGCACGAUUUUGAUUUUAAGGUAACUGUGACAGAAGCAGAGGUUCAAUACAUGCAAUCUGUAAUGAAACAAGAGCACAAAGUCAUCUACAUAUUUCUGAAGUAUAUUGAGGAAAUAUAUACGCCUACUGAUUUCCCUCAUGCAAAGUUUACUUCAUACAUGCUGAAGAGCGUUUGCAUUCACCAUGAUAUCAAGUGUAAAACUGAAGACAGAACUAUCACAGAAUGUUUCAAGUCAGUAAUUAGGGAACUAGAGGAGUGUGCUCGGCAGGGACACGUGGUUAGUGUAGUAAACAGGCAUGUUAUAUUUCACCUGUAUGAAUCCAGUGCAUUCUUAGAAAAGAUGAAAGCUAACAGAAAAUAUGUGCACGAUGGCUUGAGGAAAAUAUGUCAGCUGCCCAAAACAAUUAACACCGUUGACGACUUUGAUGCGUUUUUAAAGCGUGUGUUUCAGCAAGAGAAUCAGAGAAGGAAUGAGGAUCAACACCACACGUUCCUACGGCCGCAGCCAUUGGAUCAGUUCAGCAAUGCUAAUCAGGGUACAACAAUCGUAUCAAAAUUGAGCCCAACACAGAAUGAAAAAGAUCAAGUUGUUCAACAAUUUGAUGACAAAGCAGUGUCACAGAUUAUUGAGAUGGGUUUCAAACCUGAAGAAGUUCGAAUUGCUAUGAGAGCGAGUCACAAUAACCCUCACAGUGCUGUUGAAUAUUUGUUAAAGGGUACACUAAACGUUCAUGAAGGCGAGCUAGGCCGACAGUCCACAGAUACAAAUGCAACCGCAAUUAAAGCGCUACAAACACAGACCACAGACGUUGAAGAUUCCCGUCGGGGUUUGUCUGGUGAGUUUACAGGUGUAGGGCUUUAUAACCCAAGACAGAGCAUGGACCCAUCGCAGAAAACGGAUGUUGGAGAAUCCCGUCAGAUUUUGUCUAGAGGUCUUCCAUAUUUAGCACCAUCUGCUUCAGCACAGACUAUGGAUGAUGGAGAAUCCAGUCAGUGUUUGUCUGGUGAAUGUACAGGUGUUAUGCUAUAUGAUCCAGGACAAAGUAUGGACCCAUCACAGAAUAUGGAUGUUGGAGAAUUCAGUCAUACUUUCUCUCCUGAACAGACAGGUUUAGCACAAUAUCAUCCCGAAAACACAAUGGAUCCAGCACAUACCAUGGAUCUUACAAAGUCUCAUCAGAGGUGGCUUUGUGAGCGUACAGGUUUAGCGAUGUAUGAUCCCAGAAAGACUGUUUAUAGUGGAGAAUCCCCUGGAACUUCUUGUCAGACCUUGUAUGAUGCACACAACUUGACCACUAGUGAAUUGGAAAGAAGUGGAGAACUCUCUCAUUACUCAUCUAAUGGAAACGAUAUGUCUUCCUGUAAAAUAUUGUAUCAAAGGCAAAACUAUUUGUAGAUAUCUAGAAUUUGCUGUAUAUAUUAAGCGUUAGCUGUUCCAAGAUAUGCGGUUGAUAAUGGCGUGUUUACUGAACCUGAUGGUCAAAACUCGCCUUGUGCACACGACAUGAUCUCUUGUAGAUUAAGAUUAAUAGAGAAAGCAUAGCUUCUUGCGAAGUAGUCCACAAUAAGUAAAAGCAGUAAAGAAAACAUAUAUAACUUGUGGUUAAUAUUUCAGGAGGAAGCAAAAAAUAACUUUCAAGUAUUUUGACCUCAUAACAUGUCUAUCUGCCUUUUGGUUGUAAACUAUAAUCCUGCAGUACAUAUUAAAAUUAUUAUUCAUUGGCA